AUGACCAGUAAAGAAGUAUCAAGUGUUAUCGGAACUCUUUCUAAUGUCAAGUCAACCUCAUUGGAUCUGUGGAAUGAACUUAGAGAUAAGCUGUCCAUUUAUGCAAUAGAAGCCAAAAGCAAUGUCCACUUCCUCUCUGGUCUCAACAAGUACUUUGGCUCUAUUUUUCACAAUGAUCCAAAAAAGUUGAAGGAGGAUAUUCCGGCUCUAGUGAACUCUAUCAAGGUCAUUUUUGAAGUGUCGGAGUACUUUAAUACAACUGAACGAAUUACUUCACUCUUUGUUAAGGUGACAAAUCAAAUGGUCGGAUCAUGUCGCCACUAUCUUUAUUCUGGAGUGGAGAAAAUUUGGUGUCUAUCAAGGUAUAGAACUUUGUUCAAAUUACCCAAUUAA